AUGGCCUUGCCAGAGAACUCCACGACGACCGGUACAGGCGAGGGUAGCUCGUCUACGAGCUCUACUCAGUGCGAUCCCAUCAUUGUGCAACUAGAGCAAAUCAAAGCUCUCCUCCAACAGCAAUCCCAGACGCUCGAUGCACAUCUCGCGCAGCAGCUACAGAAGGACGUAGAUAUCGAUCGACGACGCGUGGAGAAAUUCGAGCGGGACGAACAGUUGCGUGCUCAGGUAGCUAGGCUUAUGGCGUCGCGUCCACUGAGAGGGCCGACUCGUCCAUCGGACGACGAAGUUGAAGAUACAUCAGACAAGAACACGAAGAUCGAAAAGCGAUGA